GUCAGGGCCGACCAGCCGCUCCGGGGACCGGCCCGACCCCGCCCCGCCACCGGGAGGAGGGGCCGGGCGGGGCCGACAGGGGGCGCCGCAGCGGCGGGGGCGCGGCCCCAUAAAAGGCCCCGCGCACGGUCGGAUCCGCAUCGCCGUGAGAGUGGGACCGGCACUGACCGCAGCUCAAGAUGUCUAAAAAAAUCCAUGGAGGCUCCGUUGUGGAGAUGCAAGGAGAUGAAAUGACUCGGGUCAUUUGGGAACUAAUUAAAGAAAAGCUGAUUUUUCCUUAUGUAGAUCUGGAUUUGCACAGCUAUGACCUGGGCAUUGAGCAUCGUGAUGCUACAAAUGAUAAAGUAACUGUGGAAGCUGCUGAAGCCAUAAAGAAAUACAACGUUGGCAUAAAGUGUGCAACCAUAACUCCUGAUGAGAAGAGAGUGGAGGAGUUCAAGCUGAAGCAGAUGUGGAAGUCUCCCAAUGGGACAAUUCGAAACAUCCUUGGUGGCACUGUCUUCAGGGAAGCUAUUAUCUGCAAGAACAUUCCCCGGCUGGUGUCUGGAUGGGUGAAACCCAUUGUCAUUGGCCGUCACGCUUAUGGGGAUCAAUAUAGAGCAACUGAUUUUGUGGUACCUGGGCCUGGAAAAGUGGAGAUGACGUACACUCCAGAAGAUGGAGGCAAACCAGUCACAUAUCUGGUCCAUAACUUUGAAAACUGUGGUGGUGUAGCCAUGGGAAUGUACAACCUUGACCAGUCUAUCAAGGAUUUUGCCCAUAGUUCCUUCCAAAUGGCACUGUCUAAAGGCUGGCCCCUCUACAUGAGCACCAAGAACACCAUCCUGAAGAGAUACGAUGGCCGCUUUAAAGACAUCUUCCAAGACAUCUAUGACAGAGAAUACAAAUCCCAGUUUGAAGCCAAAAAGAUCUGGUAUGAGCACAGGCUCAUUGAUGACAUGGUUGCUCAGGCCUUGAAAUCUGAAGGAGGCUUUGUCUGGGCCUGCAAGAACUAUGAUGGAGAUGUGCAGUCUGACUCUGUUGCGCAAGGUUAUGGCUCUCUGGGGAUGAUGACCAGCGUGCUGAUCUGCCCUGAUGGCAAGACUGUUGAAGCAGAAGCGGCUCACGGCACAGUAACUCGUCACUACCGCAUGCACCAGAAGGGCCAAGAAACUUCCACUAACCCCAUUGCUUCCAUCUUUGCGUGGACAAGAGGACUAGCCCACAGAGCUAAGCUGGACAACAACACUAGCCUUAAGAACUUUGCAGCUGCCUUGGAAGAAGUCUGCAUUGAGACCAUCGAAUCUGGCUUCAUGACAAAGGACCUUGCUGCCUGUAUCAAAGGUCUACCUAAUGUCACACGCUCUGACUACCUGAACACUUUUGAGUUCAUGGACAAGCUUGCUGAAAACCUGAAGGGGAAGCUGGCUUCUCUGCCCAAACUUUAAGGCCUGGGUUCUACUCAAGUUCCACUAAGAAAGUGUCUCCCACUUACACCAGAGUGUAAGUGGCACUGUAUCACACUCUGUGUAACAUUUCAAAUACUAGACAAAAAAAAUGAACGUGUACACUUUUUUAAAAUGUUUAAAAGACCAUGUUUUCUUAAACCCCUUGAGCUGCUGAGCUAGGCCUUAUUUUUGCUAAGCAGCUGAAUGUGAUAGUAUUCAAGCUAAAUGUGGGUCUGGAUUCCUAACAUAAUUCACAGCAGACCUGAGAUUUCUCUCUAUGACUCUGUGAUCUGUGUUUCUUUUCCCUCUUCCUGUCAGACUGAAAGCCCAUCUGUGUCACAGCCCUGGUCAAACCAGUGGUGACUUACUGUCUCAACAGACCUUUAGAAAUCAGAACCGUCCUUAUCUCCUGUACUACCCACUGAAUGUGAGCUCAUAGGGCUGUCCCAGCUCUACUACAGCCCAUCUCUUACUUCAUCUUUUAGUGCCAUCUAGAGCACAGAACCAUAGAAUCAUUUUGGUUCAUGGAAACCCUCAAGAUAAAGUCCAACUGUUAACGUGACACAGGCACUAAACUGUGUCCCUGAGAACCUCAUCUACACAUCUUUUAAGCACCUCCAGGGAUGGUGACCCCAUCACUUCCCUGAGCAGCUUGUUCCAAUACCUGACAACCUUCCCGUGAAGAAAUUUUUCCUAAUAUCCAAUCUAAACCUCCCUGGUGCAACUUGAGGCCAUUUCCUCUUGUCCUAUCACUUGCUACUUGGGAGAAGAGACCAACAACCUCCAUGCUACAGUUUCCUUUCAGGUAGUUGUAGAGAGUGAUAAAGUCUCCCCUCAGCCUCCUGUUCUCCAGAGUGAACAACCCCAGUUCUCUCAACCACUCCUUGUAAGACUUGUUCUCUAGAGCCCUCACCAGCUCCAUUGCCCUUCUCUGAACUCUCUCUAGUACCUCAACGUCUGUCUUUAGUGAGGGACCCAAAGCAUUGUGUCUUGAUACUAAGGGAUUUGGUCCCAUUACUACAGUCAGGACUGUAGCACUUGAGAAGAAGCACUUAGUAAAUGCUGGAAACAAGCCCUAAGAGCCUAAUAAAGCCAUGAUGCAGUGCCUAGUUACAGGCACUGCAUUUAGUUAUACUCCUUCUGACUGGAUGUGAAGCAUAGGAAGUGUUACCUAUUCCCACAAUUCAUAAAAGUGCAAAAUUUUCCUCCAGUUGCUAGGUUCUUACUUACCUUUCCUGUUGUGAUAAAGCAAGUCAAGUUAUGUCUGUGAAAUUAUGACUGAGAUUAUUCCAUCCAUGGUUUUGUGUUUGGGGUUUUUAAAGCAUAUUUUAGUUCAGACUAAAAUAAAAGCCAACUAACAUUA